AUGGUCAACGAAAGAGCUCAAAAGACAUUGAUGAAACAUGUGCGCAGCGGUGACUUUGUCGCAAUUUGGCAACUGAUGCACGAGAUUGAUGGUAGCGACGUGAAUCUUCAACUUGCCGAUGGCAGCGAUCCUUUGGGCUGGACCCCGGCCGGCUGGGCCGCCAAGUUUGGGCGCAACGGCACCAUCGAGGUGAUGCUUCACUACGGUCUCGACGUCAAUGCCUUUGGCAACAACACCGACCGGCUCUUGCACAUUGCCGCUCGCACAAAUAGGGUUCUAGUGGUACAGCAGCUUCUGCAACACGGGGCUCGGCGUGAUUUGACCAACAAGGCAGGACAAACUUUCGACAGUGUCGCCGGGCCGGAAGUGCAAGAAUGGCUUGCCAAAGCUCAACACGGCCUCGAGCAUGCCGACUCACAUGACUACGCCCUGCAAGAACAAGUUCUCUGCCAACACGACAGCUCGUGGUGGUCAGCCUGGGUUACUCAGAUUGACGUAGACCAACCCAAAGUGGAUGACCUGUUUGCCGAUCCCCCCACUCCGCGCCGCUAUCGCAUCCACUUUGCCGGUUUUGGCAGCAAACACGAGGAAUGGGCUGCGCCCGUCAAUCUCGCCAAGGUAACCCUGGGCAAUAUGAAGAGCCUGCCCCUGGGUCGAGUCUUGUUGCCGACUGGUCAAGUCGAGUCAGAUGGGCUUGGGCUUGCGACUCCGCCCGUCUCUACCCCCACCACAACUGCGACUACAACUGAUACAACUACGUCGACGACUUCUCCCGCCAACGCCAACGCCGCCACCACUUCCGAUGCGGGGCCUGGUCCGUCUUUGCAAAAGUCUGCCGUCGUGAUGACACCGCGCAACUCAGACACCCCCGCUGUGGCACCGGGCCUAAGUCAACCGACCGAUGGGACUUCCAAUGCUGAGCCGCCUGCCAAGCGCGCGCGCCAAGCUUCCAAUGCCCAAGGCACCAGCGAAGCGACUGGCACACACACCCAAGUCACCCCAUCACAAGUCUCGUCUUCCCCUCGUAAGCAAGAGUUCCAAGUGGUUCAUGGUAUCCAAGCACCCGUCAGCGGUGUACCGUACAGCGAGCGAGGCAUCUCCAGCCAGCUCGGGUUUUUCAGUAGCCGGACCGUCCUGAAUGACGCCCCCUUACCGGCGGUGUCCAAGUUGCUUCAGCACGACGUGCAGAACGUUGUCAAUCGAGGACUGAAUAGCGAACCUGCCGGUGCCGAGGAGGACGUGCCACAAUCCAUGUUUUCCCGCCUAGCCGCUGGCCCAACGGCUGCUGCCGAAGCCAAUCUGAACCUGCCAGGCAUUGACGACCGAAGCGCCGCCCUGCUUCUUCGUUUUGUUGAUACUCUAGUUCGCCGCCAGGCCCACGCCCACCCCGACAUUGCCAGCAACCCUGCGCACCCCGACUCUGCCGAGGUGCAGCGUGCGACCGAAGUCGCGCAUUUGCGUUCCGAGCUGGCCCUGCUUCAUUCAGAAGUCGAAGACCUGACGACCUACUGCCAACAGCUGGAGCAACGCCAUGCUCGCUGGAUCAAGACCUUGGCUGGAAAGGAUGAGACAAUUGCCGCCUUGCGCCUUGAAACCCGAGUGCUCAAGGACGAGCAGGCUGCAUCUGGUAUCACGACUGCCCGUGAGUAUGCAGGAACGAUUCGGCGCCUACGAACCCAGCUGGCUUUGACCACCGUACGUCUUGGCGAAACCUUGACAGCCAAAUCACAACUCCAGGAGGAGCUUGAUGAGCUCAAGCUUCGAUAUGCCAAGUACAAUCUUGUCCAAGCAGGCUUGCUCCGCACCUUGGAUGGCACUCCCUCGACGAGCUCAGCGCCGACUGCAGCGCCGACGACCGUCCCCCCUUCAACGGCCUCCAAUUCCAAUCCGCCCACCACGUCUGGUGAAGCGUCCUCUCUUGCGAGCACGUCAACUAUAGCAGUUGCCGAUGCAACAGCCACCACGCCGAUUGCCCCUUCGAACCCCGCCUCGGCGACUGAGCCCACCGGAACGGUCGCGCUGAGCUCACCUUCAGCAACGCAAGGUACAACCAAACCCGAACCAACGGCCGGCACGACACCGAGUGCGCAUGCGCAAGCCGGUGGGGAUGAAUCGACUGCGGCAGACCUAGGGAUGGAGGUGGACACCACCACUACGGCAGAUCUGCCUGCAUAA